UGAAUGAAACGAAUGAAUGCGAUUGCUUGGUGUAAGGAAGUCCUGGGGAAGCAACGAUUGUGUAAGAAUAAAAGUAGUAGAACCUAGCAAAAGUUACAUCAUCGAGCGCCCCACCAAAUGUUCAAAGUCGCAAACCUGCAAAACAAUCGCCCGAUCCAACUUUAUUAGUUAAAUACAACUUCAGUCAUUCUAACGUUGGCCGUUUUGUGUGAAAUCUUGAGGAAUUACAGUCUUCUAUUUCUCUAACAGUAUCCGAAAAACAAAAACAAAAACAAAAAACAUCUUGUCUUCAACGUUACCUUAUCUACAAACAAGCCAUGGCCGAAUACAAGAGCACCCCGCUAUUUGGAGGGGCCCUCAUCGCGGAUCUCCCUGCUACCUUUGCCGAUGUGAGGUCCUUCUACGCUAGUACCAUAAGACAGGUCCCCGACAACCAAGAAGUCUACAUCGAUAAGGAUGGCUUCACCAGUAUCAUCUUCGAUAUCAUUGAGCGCGUCGGCGGCCCCGGAACUGGCCCCGAGAUCGAUGGCAAUGCUUUAACCAUACACCUGGAGGAGCUUGUCGCAGAUGACAUCGAACAUGUCAAGGUCUGGAACAGUACCCCAACUCAAUUCUCGAGACUAGAUGAUGACAUACCGGCAUACACCUUAAUAGCAACGCAUACCCCCAAAGCAGAUCCCGCGAACCCGGCUAGCAACAAGACUGACUUCACGGCCCUUCUCAUGACCCUGGUACGCCUUGAGCGCGAGAAGACGGAUAUCCUCAUUACCAUCAACGUACCCCAUAUCCGCGGCGAGUACGACGAGGUGGAAGUCGAUCUGCAGCUCGGUAAGCAGGGAAAGCUCAUCGGCGACGCCGUCGAUCACGCUUCCAAGAUCUGGGAGACCUUCAAAGUUAAGGAUUGGGGUCUAUUCAAUGAGGUCUGAGUGCUCCUGAAGCUUGGAUCACGGAGGAACAGUGCGCCGCUAGUGCGUUAAUGGGAUCAUAUACUUCUACAUAUCGCUACUUAAGAAUCUGGG